AUGAAACGGCUGCAACUCUUUGGUAAUUCGAAAUACUUCUCAAUUAGCUCAAAGGAAGAGAAACCGCCUAGGGAAUCUUCCCCUGCAAGAACGAGAUCUCCAAAACCACGUCAGUCGACCCCAAAAAGCACAGCUGAAUUAUCUUUGUUAAGUCUCCCACCCAAGGUACUAGCUGCGAUUCUCGAACAACUGGAUGUCAACACCCUUCUUUCAUUAUGUCAAGUGAAUUCCGCAUUGUAUAAACUUACAUCUGAUCAGUUCCUGUACAGGAACAUAACGUUGGAUAAUAAACUUUCUCUACUGAAAUUUAAUGCUUUAAUACACUCUGAGUUCCAUACAUCCAACGCGCUGAAUGAGAGGCAUGGUAGCCGUCGUGCUUCACAAAAUGCGAGGUUCUUGGUGAGGUCCAUCAAAUUUAUAAAUCCUCAAUGUCAGGAUUCGUUACUCAAAUAUAGCAAGUUUCACAAUAAGGUAGAUCAGCAAUCAAUCAUAGGCGGAGCCUAUCACUAUGAGAGUGCGCUCUCUGCAUCUAAUCAAUCAAGGUCACACUCAAAGGAUCGAAGGUCAAGGAGCUCUUCACGACGCUCUUCUGAUAAAUUGGAUCAUGCGGCAGCUGAGUGGUACAAGAGUAUAUGCAAAUUGGAAGGUACUUAUAGCCAGUACACCUAUAUCGAAUUGCUCCUUGAUAUCGUGGAUUAUCUACCUAAUCUGACACAUAUAAUCCUUGAUGAAGUGCAACCGGGCUUCAAGAUUCCCUUGUGGUACUCAGUUAUGAACGACGGAUCGAGGGAUUUCUUUAAGAAGAUUAUAAACGGUCAGCAAUCGAUGAAUAGGAACGAUUUGAGAACUUUCGAACUCUCAGAGAGCUUUGCCUCGGACUAUGAGAGAAGGUUUCACGCUUUGCCGCGAGUACCAACUCUAGAGAUAAGAGCGGCUCUAGAUAAAAGGAAUAAGCAUCAAGUUCACUUGAGGCCAAACUUAUUGUGCUGUUUUGGAAUUAUAAAUGAAUUGAUCUUGCAAAAUGUUAUCAUAGACACUGAAUCUCUCGAUACUCCGUGGGAGUUUAUGCCAUUCCAUUUAAAGACAGACUUGCCGGGCUUCUACGAUGUUCACUCGACAACUCGUAAGCUAACACUAAAAUCCUGCCACAUUCUACCGGGCAGUGGGAUUUUGAAAUUAUUUCAUCAAUACUUCAAAUGCGUUAAAGAAUUGCAGCUCUUACAAAUCACAAGUAAAUUCGAUAUGCUGCUUUGCAGUUGUUUUACUUCACUGACACACCUAACAAUUGAUUGUAAUAGUAAGUGCUUUGUUGAUGAGGCAAUAGUAAGUGAUGAUUACUACUAUAAGAAGCAGGAUAUUUCUGCGGAGUAUAAUGAGGACAGUGACGGCGACCUAGCGUCAGUUACAGAGACUUUACUUGAUCCGCCAGUUGAUAACAGUUUAUUAGCCCCACCACCAACGUCUCCAGUGGUACUUUCCAUCGACAGAAACUAUCUUACGAGGGCGACGGUCCAGAGCCAACUUGGGAAUAGGAAAAUGGCCAUUAUCACAAAUUCACAAAGUGAUUUUUUCAAGUUUUUACGUGUUCCCGCAUUCCAUGUCUUUUACCAUUAUUACAAGAAAUUGUGGGAUAGGCUGCCUCGCAAAAAUAUCAACAUCAGCAUAGUUAACAUUCCAUUUACCAAUGUCUUUCCAAUGUCGCCUCAGCUAUUUUGUGACAGAUUGUUAAGGCCCUUGGCUGACGAUCAGCAGACAUUAAUACCCCUUCGAACGUCGCGCGCCAAUGGUACAGAUCAAGACCGACAGUACUACUGGAAUGAUGCUGUCAAGAAUUGCUUGCGUGACUCCAUUCAAGUCUCCUUUGGUGGUGGCACUGCUGGCCCCACAAUGAUAGACACACUAAGUGAGAUUUCAUCAGAUAUUCUGAAUAAUCAUGAAAACUUUAAGAUGUUCCAGGACAUACCUAAUCUUAACUCAUGGUUCUUUCUUAAAUCUCUUUCAGAGUUCAAAUCUGUCAGGAUACAUAUGUUGAAGCGGUGGCUCUUUUGCACUCCCAGAACCAGAUAUGAUUGGGAAAUACUGUUGAAGCCAGUACUCAAUGUUAACGUACCAAUUGAAGUACGAGAUAAAGAUGGAUAUGUUCUCUAUUCCUACGGGUCGAGAAUGACAGAUGUAAAAGGUUAA